CGCACCCCUAACCUCAACCCCAACCCGCUCAUCAACGUGCGCGACCGGCUCUUCCACCUGCUCUUCUUCAAAAUGGCUGUGACCUACUCGCGGCUCUUCCCACCCGCCUUCCGCCGUCUCUUCGAGUUCUUCGUGUUGCUCAAGGCGCUGUUCGUGCUCUUCGUCCUCGCCUACAUCCACGUGGUCUUCUCCCGCUCGCCCAUCAACUGCCUGGAGCACGUGCGCGACCACUGGCCGCGGGAGGGCGUGCUGCGCGUGGAGGUGCAGCGGAACUCCAGCCGCGCGCCCGUCUUCCUGCAGUUCUGCGCUGCCGGCCGCAGCAGCUUCCCUGGCCUGGCCGCAGCCCCCCGCGGCCUGGAGCUGGAGGAAGAAGAGGAGGAGGAAGAGCUGACCAUGGAGAUGCUGGGGAACCGCUCCAUCCAGUUUGAGCUGGACAUCGAGCCCAAGGUGUUCAAGCCGCCAGGGGGCCCCGAGCCCUUGAACGACAGCCAGGAGUUCCCCUUCCCCGAGACGCCCUCGAAAGUGUGGCCGCAAGAUGAGUACAUCGUGGAGUACUCGCUGGAGUACGGCUUCUUGCGCCUGUCGCAGGCCACACGGCAGCGGCUCAGCAUCCCGGUCAUGGUGGUCACCCUGGACCCCACGCGGGACCAGUGCUUCGGGGACCGUUUCAGCCGCCUGUUGCUAGCUGAGUUCCUGGGCUACGACGACAUUCUCAUGUCCAGCGUGAAGGGCCUGGCAGAGAAUGAGGAGAACAAGGGCUUCCUGCGGAACGUGGUGUCGGGCGAGCACUACCGCUUCGUGAGCAUGUGGAUGGCCCGCACGUCCUACCUGGCCGCCUUCGUCAUCAUGGUCAUCUUUGUGAGUGUGCGGGGCCGCCUCACCGGGUCUGCCCGCCGCCACCCUCUGCCCGCAGUGGACCUCCUGCAGAUGCUGGAGAUGAACAUGGCCAUCGCCUUCCCUGCAGCGCCCCUGCUGACCGUCAUCCUGGCCCUUGUGGGGAUGGAGGCCAUCAUGUCGGAGUUCUUCAAUGACACCACCACCGCCUUCUACAUCAUCCUCAUCGUGUGGCUGGCUGACCAGUACGACGCCAUCUGCUGCCACACCAACACCAGCAAGAGGCACUGGCUGCGGUUCUUCUACCUGUACCACUUCGCCUUCUACGCAUACCACUACCGCUUCAACGGGCAGUACAGCAGCCUGGCCCUGGUCACCUCCUGGCUCUUCAUCCAGCAUUCCAUGAUCUACUUCUUCCACCACUACGAGCUGCCUGCCAUCCUGCAGCAGAUCCGGAUCCAGGAGAUGCUGCUGCAGGCGCCACCGCUGGGCCCCGGCACCCCCACGGCGCUGCCAGACGACCUCAACAACAAUGGGGGCACCCCGGCCGCCGCCACCGCCCCCGCCGGCCAGGCCCCCGCCCUGGGCCCUGCCUCGCCGGGGGCUGGUGGGGUUUCGGGACCUGUGGGCGAGGCGCCCAGCUCUCUGGUGGCUGCGGCAGCCUCGGUGGCUGCGGCAGCCAGUGGCGACCUGGGUUGGAUGGCAGAGACGGCUGCCAUCAUCACAGAUGCCUCCUUCCUGUCCGGCCUGAGCGCCUCCCUCCUGGAGAGGCGGGCAGCCGGCUCCCUAAGCCCAGGUGGGGGGCUCCCUCGAGGCCCCCAGCUCCCCCAGGACAGUGUCCCCCCAAGCGACUCCUCAGCACCUAACACAGCUCCUCUGGCUGCUGGGGUGCGUGGGCCCAGCCCCGAGUCCACGACCCCAGCAGACACGCUCUCUGAGGUUGGCUCCUGAGCCCUUGGCAGCUGAGCGCCUCUGUCCCUGGCUAUCCAGGCUGGCCGGAUGUGACCUGGCUGGGGCCCUCGGGGUCAGGGAGGCUGUCACCGGUGUCUGGGGACUGCCCAGCCUGCUUUGUGUCAGCUUCCAUCUGGUUUGCCCAGGGAUGGGCUCCUCUCUCCUGGGUUUGGGGCCUGCCCUUGGCCUGUCCCUGUUAAGUUUAUGGUGGGCUCCUUCAGCCAGCAAAUCAAGGCAGGCAGAUAAACCAGGGCAGGAGAUGGGGGUGGGGACUCCACGGAAGGUUCUGGAAGGGGUUGGUGACAGUCUGCAGUGAGCCAGCUGUACUUGGGGGCAGAGUCUGGCAGGACUCUGAGCCAGGUGAACAUGGGCGGGGGUUGUGGUCGCUGUCCCAGCCCCUAGGCUGGUGCUCGUAGUGCACAGUGCCUUUUUCAUGGCCCCUGCCCCCACACGUGUGCGCGUGUGUGCACACACCAGGGCUGGGGUCCGGUGAGGGCAGGGCUGGUGCCUGUGGCACAGGGGAUGGCUGAGCGCGCCAACAUUGAAAGCAGUAGCCAGGCGCCGGGGUCCAACCCUGUUGGGGUGGGAAAGGGCCUCAGGCCAAUCCAAGUGACUCAGUGAGGACUGCGGAGUGCUCAUUCCGUCUGUUUAAUUGCCGUGUACGAAAUGGUGUUUGUACAUAGAAUAAACUGUCUGUUGACAGCA